AUGCCUCAUGGAACGCUUGAAGUCCUUCUGGUUAAGGCCAAAGACCUUGAAGACGAUGAUUUUUUGGGUAAAAUGGAUCCCUAUGUCAUUUUAACCUUAAGGACCCAAGAGAAGAAAAGCAGUGUAGUACAAGGGCAAGGAUCUGAACCAGAAUGGAAUGAAACUUUUCAAUUCACGGUCUCAUCGGAUGAUGUUACAGAACUCAGCAUAAAAAUAAUGGACAAAGACACCUUCAGCUCAGAUGAUUUUGUUGGCGAAGCAACAAUUCCUUUAGAAACAGUGUUCAUGCAAGGAAGCAUUGAACCAACUAAAUACAAUGUCGUCAAUGAGAAUAAGGAAUAUCAUGGAGAGAUUACAGUUGGACUCACUUUCACCCGUGAGAGGCAGUCAUCUAGGCAUGGGGAGGAGGAGAGCUAUGGUGGAUACAAAGAAUCAUCGUACCGAGAUUAA